AUGGCCGAUACACCUACGCUCAGUGUGACGAUGCUCGGGGCGGGCCAGGAGGUCGGGCGCUCGUGUUGCGUGCUGCAGUACCGCGGGAAGACUAUUGUGUGCGAUGCGGGUGUGCACCCUGCGUACAGUGGGAUGGCGUCGCUCCCGUUUAUUGAUGAGCUGGAUUGGAGUGAGGUGGAUGCGUUGCUUAUUACUCAUUUUCAUUUGGACCAUGCUGCUGCUUUAACGUAUAUUACGGAAAAAACGAAUUUCCGAGAUGGUAAAGGAAAGGUGUACAUGACGCAUCCGACGAAGGCGCUACACAAGUUUAUGAUGCAGGACUAUGUUCGCAUGGGUUCAUCGUCCUCAGAUGCUUUAUUCUCCCCCCUUGACAUGACCAUGUCUCUCGCCGACAUCAUCCCCGUUUCCGUGCAUCAAUUAAUCACAGUAUGCCCUGGAGUAUCGUUCACACCAUACCACGCCGGACACGUCCUCGGCGCAUGCAUGUUCCUCAUCGACAUCUACGGCCUCAAGAUCCUCUACACAGGCGACUACUCGCGCGAAGAGGACCGGCACCUCGUCAAAGCUGAGCUCCCACCCGUGCGCCCCGACGUGUUGAUCGUGGAAAGCACCUUCGGCGUACACACGCUCGAGGCGCGCGAAGAGAAGGAGCUGCGGUUCACGAACCUGGUGCACUCCAUCAUUCGGCGGAACGGGCACGUUCUGCUGCCCACGUUCGCCCUUGGCCGUGCGCAGGAGCUGUUGCUCAUUCUCGAGGAUUAUUGGAAGAAACACCCGGACUUGCAUAAUGUGCCGAUUUAUUAUGCGUCGAGUCUGGCGCGCAAGUGUAUGGCUGUUUAUCAGACUUAUAUUCACACUAUGAAUUCUAGUAUCCGGUCGCGGUUCGCGAAGCGGGAUAACCCUUUUGUGUUCAAGCAUAUCUCAAAUGUACCGCAUACUCGUGGGUGGGAGAAGAAGAUUGCUGAAGGGCCUCCAUGUGUCGUUCUUGCUAGUCCUGGUUUCAUGCAAACGGGGCCAAGUCGAGAACUGUUUGAGCUAUGGGCACCAGACUCUAGGAAUGGGCUGAUUAUAACGGGAUACUCUAUCGAAGGAACGUUGGCCAGGGACAUUAUGACUGAGCCUGAAGAAUUUACGUCGUUGAAAGGGGUGUCUAUCCCGAGAAAAGCGUCUGUCAAUGAUAUCUCGUUCAGCGCACACGUCGAUUAUUCGCAGAAUUCGGAGUUCAUCGAGCAAGUCAAAGCUCAGCAUGUCAUUUUGGUGCAUGGAGAAGAAGGUGCGAUGAAGCGGUUGAGGGCGGCGAUGACCUCACGGUUUAAGGAACGAGAUGAGGAUGUCAAGAUCCAUUCACCGAGGAAUUUGGAAACCCUCAACUUGUCUUUCCGCGGUGAACGAAUAGCCAAGGCUAUCGGUACUCUAGCAGACAAACCGCCCCAGGCGAACCAGGUCCUCUCGGGGCUGCUCGUGGCGAAGGAUUACUCGUAUACCCUACUUGACCCACGCGACCUGCGCGACUUUGCGGGGCUGACGACGUGUACGCUGACGCAGCGCCAGAAGAUCGUGCUCGGUGUUGGCUGGGCGCUCGUCAAGUGGCAUUUGGAGGGCAUGUACGGAUCGGUGGACGAGGGCGUGGAUAAGGACGGCGUGCCGACUAUGCGGGUUAUGGGCGUCGUUGAUGUCAAGCAUACUGGAGAACAUGAGCUCACGCUCGAGUGGGAAUCGAGCUCUAGCAACGAUAUGAUCGCCGACUCGACGUUAGCACUUAUCACGGGGAUCGACAAGAGCCCGGCGUCUGUGAAAUUGACGAGCCAGGGACAUUCGCACUCCCACUCCCACUCGGAUGCGAACGCGCCGCAUUCGCAUUCGCACCCGCACGCGGACCCGGAGCCGGAGACGUCCUCUGCGCUGCGCAUCCAGCGCCUGGCGAUGUUCCUCGAGGCGCACUUUGGCGAUGUCGAGCUGCAUAUGCCCGACGCGUCCGAGGUUGACGCUGAGGAGGAGGCGGAGGCGGAGGGAGAAGAGGAAGACGGCCAUGUGCGUGAAACCGACCGUGCGCGCGCACGCGAGCCGUCGUUCCUUGUUACCUUGGACGAUGCACAGGCGAGGAUUGGAUUGAUCACGCUUGCUGUUGAAAGUUCCAGCGAGAUGCUGAGGAAACGCGUAGAGGCUGUGCUGGAUAUGGCUAUUACUACUGUCAGCUCGCUGUCCGAGUCGUUCGUGUCAGGCGGGCCCAUCGUAGCCGAGGACUCCACCGCAGCCGCAGCUUCCUCGCCCACCGCCACCAUGACUGACGGGGCAGGUGAAAAUGAAAAGCAAGCUACACCUCCUACUGGGGAGAGCGGGAAUGGUGAUGCCGUGGAGCCCGUUGCGGGGCAGAGCGAGGUUUGA